AUGUUUGCUGUAUUCAGCCAUCGGCAGAGUCUUGCUAAGGAAAUGUUCGGCAAAAUUGGUUUUAUGAUGCUGGAAUACCAAUGGAGGAGGAUUGACUUGCAAAACCUUGUUACCAACCGCAAAACAAUGACAUGGUCCGAUUGGAUCAAUUUUGAACAAACGAAAAGGGCGCUCUGUGUCAUGUUUAUCUUAAGUGAUUUGCAUAUGAUCACAUUCAAUAUUACGCCCGGUUUCGUAAUUGACCGGGAUCUCAUGAUCGAAGCCCCUGAUAGCAACGAGUUAUGGGCGGCUAAAACAUCUGAGGAAUGGGAAGAAGUGCAGCGAUCCCACCCCAACAGCCCACAGGAUACCAUUCAGAGCAUUCUAGAGUGCAUGAUCCGGGCCCCGCCAAGUCCUCCAAAUAGUGAGCCUUAUUGUAUAAGCGGCUUCACAGCAAUAGUCGUCAUGCACGCCAUAAACAUCUACCUUUGGCACCUGAACCAGCUUGCGCAAACUGUCAGCCGUUUCUCUCUGGGCAUUUGGCCACAUGAAAACUUACGAACCACAUUGCUCCGAGCAGCAAUCUCCACACUAGAGCGGACUGAAGCUGCCUUACAGGCGGGCCGAUCAUCUGAUUACAAGAUAGCUUGGGAUGACCCAGAGCAUACCCUUGUUUUCAACUGCAGUGCAGUACUUCGUGCUGGCUACUCGCGGCUUUUACCGCCAUCGCAUUCAUUCAACCGCUUAACGCUCCUUGUGAAUGACAGCGAGGCGCUGUCACGGGCAGUGAAGACAUAUGUAAAUGUACCGCUGGAAAGGAAUGAAUUUGUGACCAAGGCUGCCAGCAAGGCUUACGAAGGGUUCAGGGGCCCAGUUACCAUAGGUGCUACGCUUGUUAGCAAAACCGCUGCUUUCUCCUGGAGUAUUGAGCACGCGGUGGCUGGGUGGGAUAGUGCCCUUCUAUUGACCAAGUGGGUCCAUAGCAUGGAGGUAGAUGUAGCCGGGCAACAGCCAUCAGAUGAAGAAUUACAACUUCUUGACGACCUGAAAUCUCUACUAGCUGAGGUGCAAUACGAACACGAAACAAAUGUCGAAGUUUAUUCAUUGGCUGCGCUUCUGGCUCGCACGUGGGCUGCCUUACUUGGCGAUAUUUGGGUUUGGGGGGUGACUCCCAGGAUGGCGGAAAUCUUGAGACUGCUCGCAUUGGAAUACCAGAGGCAGGCUGAUUCUGUCCUGAGGAAUAUUGGACAAUGA